AGAUGGGUAUGCAUAUGGAUGUACAUGCAUGUAUGCUUGCUGCAUGUGUACAUGGCAUUAAAUGACAUUUCCAAUGACUGAGAUACAAUAAAAAGUGACCGAAACAAUUUUAUCCUUUAAAUAAACAACAGCAAGUAGCACAUAGGUCUACAGAUUGAUUGUUUUCUUCUCUUCAUUUCCGGAUUGUAGCUGUCCCCCUGAGAUACUUUCUUGUUCGUUCUUUGUGGAUAUCUCUAGUUCAAGGGGCACCACAGAUCAGGGAUUCGCUUUUUCGAAGAAGGAGCAAGAAUUUAUUGAAGAUGGCCGCCUCUUCCUCAUCCACUUUGUUUUUUGGAACGAAAGACGAGAAUCAAAGCCAGACAGCACAACAAGCUUCUUCUACCAUCACUUCCUCAACUACUCCAGCUACAGCACCUCAAAAGAAAAGGAGAAACCAACCUGGAAAUCCAAAUCCAGAUGCGGAGGUAAUCGCUCUAUCUCCCAAGACUCUAAUGGCAACAAACAGGUUCAUAUGUGAGGUAUGCAACAAGGGGUUCCAAAGGGAGCAGAACCUACAGCUGCACAGAAGAGGACACAACCUGCCUUGGAAGCUAAAGCAGAAGGCUAAAAAGGAUCCAAAACGGAAGGUGUAUCUGUGCCCGGAGCCCACAUGCGUCCACCACGACCCAUCGAGGGCUCUCGGCGAUCUCACGGGCAUCAAAAAGCACUACUCGAGAAAGCACGGCGAGAAGAAGUGGAAGUGCGAGAAAUGCGCCAAGAGGUAUGCCGUGCAGUCUGAUUGGAAGGCCCAUUCCAAGACUUGUGGCACUAGAGAAUACAGAUGCGACUGCGGCACUCUUUUCUCUAGGCGAGACAGUUUUAUCACUCACAGGGCCUUCUGUGAUGCACUGGCUCAGGAGAGUGCAAGGCAUCCGAGCAUGGGUAGUAAUCUUUUUCGAAACAACCACAUGAGCUUAGGCCUAUCACAAGUGGGUUCUCAGAGCCAGCUAUCCAGUAAUAUGUUACGCCUGGGAACUUCUGGGGCCGGCGCUAAAUUUGAGCACCUCAAUAUCCCUCCAUCAAACACUUGUAAUUCCUUCGGACACCCGAUGCCUUCACCUCCACUAUUCAUGCCAGAUGCUAACCAAUCAUGCUUCCCAAACAAGCCAUUAAUGCAUGGACUUAUGCAACUUCCUGACCUUCGAACCAACACUAACAAUUCCUCCCCGCCUACCAAUCAUCAUCUGUUUAACAACAUUACCUUCUUUUCUAACAACAACGGUGCUGACUCUGCCGCCAAUUUACUCAUUCCAGAUCAGCUUAACAGCAACAAUGGCAAUGCUAGUGGUGGUGGCUUCUCUAGCAGCAUGGGCGGCGAUCAUCAUCAUCAUCAUGUAUCUUCUCUCUACAGUAGCAGUAGUUCCUUGCAUCCUGAAAACAUUGCUUCACAUAUGUCCGCCACAGCGCUGCUUCAAAAAGCUGCUCAAAUCGGAUCAACUACGAGCAGCAACAAUUCUUCCUUGUUAAGAGGCGUGGCUACUUCCUCAUCAUCUGAUAAGCACAAUGUGUUAGUGAACUUGGGCUUCGGUUUCGGCAGUAAUACUGGUAAUGGGGGAGGGAUGGAAAAUGCAAGCCAUCUUCAAGGGUUAAUGAAUUCUCUUGCCAAUGUGAACUCUUCCAUGUUCGGAGGAGUAGAGGAUAACAACUUUGAUGGCUUCAAUGCCGGUGGGAGCGAGGCCAAGUUGCACGACAACCUGGGUGUGAGUUUUGGAGGGUCUGAUAAGUUGACCUUGGAUUUUUUGGGCGUGGGAGGGAUGGUAAGGAACAUGGGAGGCGGGUAUUCCCAAAGAGAACACCAACAUGCUAUCAAUAUCAACUCUUUGGAACCUGCAGAUUCGAAGACUCAACCAUUUUCAAGCACAACACUCGAGUGAACAAAUAAUUAAAACAAUCUGAGACGUUGAUUGAAUAUAUGUAGGAGAGAAGAGAUAUCACGGUUUUGUUAUUUUAUUUUAUUUUUUCUUCUGUAGGCCGUUCCUUAUCAUCGGAUAUGCAAUGCCUUAAUUAUUAUUUUCUUUACA